AUGGUGGACACUCAGCAGCUCCUGGCGUGGCCUGUUGGUUUCAGCCUGAGCACAGUGGACCUGCCGGAGCUGGACGACAGCUCCCACUGCCUUGACAUGAAACAUUUGUCAACAUCAGACUAUGCCUCCAUUUCCUCCUCCUCCAUCCCUUCUUCCUUGUCCCCCCCACUCGUAUCCUCCAUCUCGUCAGCUGGUGUGGUCUAUGACAUGAGUCCAUCGCUGAGCGAGGAACACCUGACCAACAUGGACUACACAAACAUGCACAGCUACAGAACAGAACCAGACUCACACAAUUCAAUCAAGCUGGAGCCAGAGUCACCUCCACAGUACGCUGACAGUCCCGUGUUCUCCAAGUUUCCAGACGAUACGUCAGCAACUGCGUUAAACAUCGAGUGCCGUGUGUGUGGGGACAAAGCCUCAGGGUUUCAUUACGGCGUCCAUGCCUGUGAGGGUUGUAAGGGUUUCUUCAGACGGACCAUCAGGCUAAAGUUGGUGUACGAUCACUGUGAUCUUCACUGUCGCAUUCACAAAAAGUCCCGUAACAAAUGCCAAUACUGUCGUUUCCAGAAGUGCCUUAAUGUCGGCAUGUCACACAAUGCCAUUCGUUUUGGCCGAAUGCCCCAGGCGGAGAAGGAGAAACUGCUGGCCGAGUUCUCCUCUGACAUGGAGCAUUUACACCCGGAGGCAGCAGAUCUGAGGGCUCUGGCCCGGCAUCUGUACGAAGCCUAUCUAAAAUAUUUCCCCCUUACCAAGGCCAAGGCCAGGGCCAUCCUCUCUGGGAAGACAGGAGAAAAAGUGCCGUUUGUCAUUCACGACAUGAAGUCUUUAUGGAAGGAGAGCAGUUCAUUAACUGCAGGCAGAUACCUGCCCCAGAUCACCAGCAGCAGAUCUCCACACUUACAGCCGGGCACGGAGUUUCAGGAAUCCCAGAAGCUCACUUGGGGUCAGAUUUUGGAGCUUUGGAGACAAACUUCUUUGGACAAACACCAGACAUGGUGGAGCUGCGUUUCUUCCACAGCUGUCAGUCUCGCUCGGCAGAAGCAGUGAGAGAAGUGACAGAGUUUGCAAAGAGUAUUCCAGGUUUCAUCGAUCUGGACCUCAACGAUCAAGUAACAUUGCUGAAGUACGGUGUGAUCGAAGUCUUAAUCAUCAUGAUGUCGCCUCUGAUGAACAAAGAUGGCAC